GCACAGUGGACAAUUGGAAAACUGCACUGUCCCUUUUGUGAGGCCCGCUUAGGGGGCUUUAUUUGCAACACAAAGUGCUCCUGAGGACAGUUUGUAAAUAUACAUUUCUGCAAGAGUCGGGCUGACUAUCAGGCAGCUUUUGCUGUUAAAGUGGCAAAACCAUCAGCCAAACGCUUGAUGCUCUGCAAAAUUAAAUCUGAUUUUAACACAGAUCCCCACCACAAACUGAUAUCUGCAGCUUUGGAAAUCAAAAAUCAAGGGUUUUCAUACAUGGCCAGAAAUAAUAAUGGUAGUGGAAGAUUAACAGAAGCACUUUGUCUGGAAGUAAGAUCACCCAGUUUUGAGAUGAAGAGUAAAAGGCUUCCCUUAGAUGCAUUAAAGCAAAGACAAAAUCCUUCUGCUGCCUGGCCUGUGAAUGGUGCAUGUACUGUAAAAGCUUUUCACAGAAGAUCGCACAGUUGGGAUUUAAAUAUCAGAGAGAGUCUUGUUUUGUUGCCUGCUUUAUAUGGAACUUCCAGUGUGGGAACUAUUUGCUGUGGCCAAAAUGAAAAUCCACCUGUUUACACAAGAUGUGACUUGCAAUUAGGGUCUCGUCAGAAAGGUGAGACUGUUUUUCAGGACCAGUAUAGUUCAAAUGCUGAUGAAGUACAGAAAAGGUUUCAAGUUACCUCCUUUAAUGCAUUAGUACAUAGAGAAACAGAAAGUGAGUGUGAUUUUGAAGCUACUGGGCAAUAUUCUGGGAGUGCCAUUGCAGAUCAGUCACCUUUUGCGAUGAACCUUUCUUCAUCUACAAGUGCUGUAGAAGAGGAACAGCACGUGGCACCUGUUGAUCUUGUGCAACCUGCAAAUAUUUCCUUAAAACAAAAGCUGAGCAAGAGAGAAAGAAACAAGUUGAAAAGCUUAAGGAGAAAACAAAGAAGGCGAGAACGGUGGCUACAGAAGCAGGCAAAAGCAAGUGCAUCUUAUCCAGCGCUAUUAGUGGAUGUGG